CACCCAAUCGACGAAUAACAGUUUGUGAACCAACUGACGCUGGUGCUCGUGGUGGACGUUCACGAAGAAUAAGGGGUGGUAGUGCUGGCUUCGAUUCAAGCUCAUAUGGAUCAUCAGCUGGUUAUGGUGCCAGUGCUGGUGCCAGUUAUGGUGGUGCCAGUUAUGGUGGUGCUAGUGCCAGUUAUGGUGGUGCUAGUGGUGGAAGUGGAUAUGAAUCGUCAUCAGCGCAGAGUUCACAAACUGUUGUUCAAAAAUAUGCAACUGAUGCUCAAGGUCUCUUCAAAGAUCCAAAUCCACAAAUCAUCCGUCGUCCAGCUGCAGGCGGUGUACAAACCUAUACACAAAACAUCAAAGUUCGAUUUCUUCAACCACCACCAAUCCCACCCCCAGGCCCACUCAUCAUCAAAGAAGUGCGCCCACCUCAGCCACCUGCACCACCUCCACUUCGUAUUCGUCAACAAGCUCCAUCUCUCCCAGCACUACCACCCCUUAUUCUUCGUGAACGUCCACCACGAGCACCAGCGUCAGUUGGUUCACAAACUGUUAUUCGUCGAUUGGGUGCUUUACCUGUUCCACCACGAUCAGUUAUCAUCGAACGUUUACCACCCCUCCCACCUCGUCCACGUGACAUCAUCAUCGAACGAUGGGUUCCAUAUGGAGCACAAGCUAAACGUCGCACAAUUGUACAACGUGCCGCUGGUGGUCAACAAUAUCCUGCUCCACGUAAUGUUAUCAUUCAAUACGAGCCCGUUCAAGUACGUGUUGUUCGUCAAUUCCAACGAUUUGGUGUUACUCAAGCUAACCCACAAUCUUAUCUUCAACAAUACGGAGCUCAACUUCUUGAUGCUAGCACACUUGUUCAACGAGCUCGUUCUGCUGGUGUUGUCGAAGAUAUUUCAGCCCCAGGUGGUAGUGCUGGUGGUGCUGGUGGUGCUGGCGGUGCUGGUGGUGCUAUUGGCUUCGGUGCAGCAAGUUACGGUCAAGAGUCCGGUGGUGCUAGCUCAUCAAGCUUCGAAAGCAGCAGCUUCGGUGGUGGUGCUGGCGGUGCUGCAUCGUUUGAAUCAUCUAACUUCUCAUCCGGUGGUGGUGGUGGUGGUGCUUCAUCGUUUGAAUCAUCUAGCUUCUCAUCCGGUGGUGAUGGUGGCGGUGCUUCAUCGUUUGAAUCAUCUAGCUUCUCAUCUGGUGGAGGUGCCGGAUUUGGUGGUAGUGGAUUUGAAUCAGCAUCCUCAUCAUUCGAAUCAAGCGGAUUCGGUGGUGCUUCUGGUGGUGCUUCUGGUGGUGGACUCGAUGUUGCUACUGCAGCUUUCCACUCUAUUGAUGCCAACCGUGAUGGAUAUCUUGAUCGCGAUGAAUUCAACCGUUUCUUCCAACAAGGUUUAUAA